CACGGUCCGUCAACUGACGCCAAGCGAGAGCAGCGCUGAACGGCUGCCUCUCCUCCCCUGCCGCCCGCCGCCGGCGACGGCGAGGGCAGGUGUUCGACGAAAUGUGCGCGCGGGGGCCAUCCGCCAGGGACUGGUCCGAGAUGCCCCUGGACGCUCUCACCUGCGUCUUCGCCAAGCUCGGAGCCGUCGAGCUCCUCAUGGGCGCGGGCCUCGUGUGCCGCUCCUGGCUCCACGCCUCCAAGGCGCCAGAGCUGUGGCGGGCCGUGGUGAUGUCGCGCCCGCCCGACACUCCGGAGGGAACGGAGGCCUUCCUGCGCGCCAUAGCCAAGGUGUCAUCUGAGCUGCGGCCGUCUGUGCUGAUAACGGGCAUCGAUGACCCCUGGAGCGCCAUGGUCAAGGUGGAUGACUCCUUGUGUGCCAUGGCCAAGGCGGCUGUCGACCGCUCCGGCGGGCGGCUACAGAAGUUUGUGGCGAGGGAUUUCGGGACCGAUGAGCUCCUGGAAUACAUUGCGGACAGGUCGCCCUCUCUGAAGAGCCUUGGCCUGAUGCAAUGCCACGACAUCUCCGAGAAAGGAUUCAUGGACUUGAUAGUAAAGUUCCCUCAGCUAGAAGAGCUAGUUCUUAUUGAGUGCCACAACAUUUCUGAUGAUCAGAAGGAGAACCGUGACGUGUAUGAGGCCAUUAGCAGAGCACGCUCACAGUUAAAGCUCUUUGUGCUAGCCCACCCGGGGUACUUUCUGCAUCCGAACGGCAGCUACGGCUUCCAUGAUGGGGAUGUGCUUGGAAUCGCUACGAUGAAACAGCUGCGGCACCUUAGUCUUGACUGCGUCAACAUCAACAACGCGGAACUGGUGAGCAUCAUUGAUAGCUGUCCUUACCUCGAGCAUCUCUGCAUGCGCAACUGCUACAACAUCGUCGCCGAUGAGGCACUACGAGCAAAGUGCGCCAGGAUCAAGACUCUAAAGCUUAAACCCAUGUCUGUUGAAACUGCUUCUAAUGAUUGUUGCUUCGUUUUUUUCGAUCCACCAGUUGACGAGUUCGUCAUACUUUCUUUCUUUGACACCUAGCUUAAAAUAUGCUAGCAUGUAUGUACUCCAGCCAUGUUUUUCCGAUUUAACUAGCUAUACAUCUCCUGUUGGUGUUAGCAUUACUAAAACUUGUAAAUUGAUUGCCCAUCUACCUAAACAUGGUCAUGAUUCAAAUAGCAAUCUCAUCAUUCUAUACAAAGCUUGCGCAAUAUUAA